AUGGCUUUCGUAAACUCGGCAUCAGGGUCGUCAUCAGAAUUUCAUUCUCAAUUGAAAGCACAAUCUGAAGAGCUCUUCAAGGCUAUCUCUGCAUUGGGUAGCAAAGGGGGAUCAUCGGCUGAUACGAGCAAAUUGGUCGAAAGUUUGAUGUCUAUGGGAAAAACUUUGGCCGAGUAUAAAAGAAGUGGUUCACAAACGAUGACAAGUGAGCAAAGAAUAGAGCUAGUCAAAUCUAUGGCAAAAUGGGCACAAAUGAUUGGUCAAUUUGUAAAAAACGUCGGCGAGAAGAGUGGUGAUGGUGCAAAUAUUGAUCUUGCAUCUCUCCUCGGAGGCACCAAUGCUGACAGUGCUGGAAUUGGAGGUGGAAGCUCUUCCUCCGCCGAAAAUGGAGGCACUGGUGGCAGUGGAAGUCCAAGCGUCGACAAUAGUUCCCCUUUAGCCGGAGGUGGUAGCCCAACCUCAAGUAGCAGUUCCCCUAUAGCCGGAGGUGGUAGCCCAACCUCAAGUAGCAGUUCCCCUUUCCCUGAAGCUGGAACUCCAACUGACAGUGGAAGCUCACCAAGCAGCCCCACCUCCACCGGAGAUGCAAUGCCCAAUGGUGGAACCCCGAGUGGAAGUCCGAGUGAAAGUCCGAGUGGCCAAGGAGCAAGUUCCAUGGGUGGUGGAACCGGAAAUACAGCUGAUGCUAGUAAUGGAAGCCCAAGUAGUGGAACCCCUACCGCUGGAGAUGGAAUGCCUAGUGGUGAAACCCCGAGUGGAAGUCCGAGUGAUGCCUCCGGCCAAGGAGUAAGUUCCAUGGGUGGUGGAAGUAGUGGUCAAACCGGAAAUACAGAUGAUGCUGAUAAUGGAAGCCCAAGUAGUGGAACCCCUACCGCUAGUCCGAGUGGAAGUACAAGUGAUAACUCCAACUCUGGCGGUGGAAGCACUGAUGAAACCGAAAAUUCAGCUAAUGUUAGUAGUGGAACCGCAAAUGGUGAAACCCCUGCGACAGGUCCGAGUGGAAGCCCAAGUGGUAGCUCUAGCUCGGGACAAAGUGCUAAUGCUGCAGCCGAAAGUACGACUAGUGCCAAUGCUGAAAGCGCAAAUGGUGAAACCUCUGCCUUAAAUGAAAGUUCCAUGGGUGGUGGAAGCUCUACUGAAAAAUCUGAAAGCGCAAGAGGUGAAACCUCUGGUAGUGGAUCUGCCUUAAAUGAAAGUUCCAAAUCUGAAAGUAAUGAAAGCGCUAGUGGUGGAAGCCAAGCUUACGCUAGUGGAAAAACCUACCUAGAUUCUACAGGUGGAACCACCGGUGAAAGUCCUGCCAGCAGCCCUUCUGGUUCAGCUUUUGCUGGUGGUGAGAGCUCCAUGAGUGGAAGUACAACGGAUGUCUCUGCCGCUGGAGAAGGUUCGGGAUCUGCUAACUAUGAAGGUUCUGUCAGCUAUCAAAAGUCACACUCAAAAUCCUCAGGCAAAAGGACCUACACUCAUUCUUCAGAGGAGAAAAAAUCUGAAAACAUGGAAGCCGUCGACUCGUAG